AGACAUGCCGUGAUAUAUGGCACUCCGCUGAAACUCUGGGGAGAAUACCCUGUCUUUCUCGACGAAGACGGCGAACACAUUAUUCAUGGUGUGACAUGUGAGAUUGAUUCAUGGGAGGAGGCGAUGAGACUGGAUGCGUAUGAAACUGAGAUGUACUUGACGACAGGAUGUUUGGUAUAUUUUGAUGACGGCACACAGACCUGUGGGCUUGUUUAUUAUUGGGUUGGAGAUAGAGCAUUUCUUACGGAUGGGACGUUUGAUCUUAAAGACUACCUGUUGAAGAAGAGAGAGGGCGGCAUAUACAAUUCAAAGUGA